CCUCUCUCUCUCUCUCUCUCUCUCUCUCUCUCUCUCUCUCUCUCUCUCUCUCUCUCUCUGAUUCACACACACCUGCCCCAGCAGCCAGAGAGACCAGAGCUUCAGCACACAGAGCAAAUGAGCAAACAGUGCGAGAGAACCAUCCAAUCUACUGAGGAAGAGGCAAGUGAAAAAGAGCUUCUUUCUUAACUGACACCAGAAGAGGUCUGAGAGAGAGAGAGAGGAGGGGACAGAGAAACCAGGAAAGGUAAAAAGAAAAAAGAAAUCAACGCAUAUAUUUGUCUAUUUAUUUAUUUAUUUAUUGGUAUUUAUUGAAAGAAAGAAAGAAAGAAAGAAAGAAAGAAAGAAAGAAAGAAAGAAAGAGAAAAAAGUACUUCUACUGCAGUUGACUUUUAGAUUUUUUUAAAUUGACAACAGAAGAGGAGACUAAGAGGAAGAACAGCAAAUCUUCAAUUAACAACUACAUUUAAUACACAAGAAACACAAAAAUGAAAGCAUUUCUUUAAUGAAUUGUCGUUUUUUUCUUUUGGAAAUAAAAGGGCGUACAGAUAUUUCUGAACCGUUAUUCUGAGACAAAUUGACUUUCUGAAAACAGAAAAUAAAACUACAGAAGCAAAAACAAAUACCAUCAAUCUUAUAAAUAAAAAACUAGGAAUUUCUGAAAGAAACAAGAAAGACAUUUAGACGUAUAUUUCUGACUUCUAUUUUAUUCAUAAAUGAUUUAUGUUUUCAGAUUUUAUUUAAAAAACCUACAAAGAAAAAAGACACGAAAUUCCUUCAAUCAGUCAGUCAGUGAAUCAAUGUAUUUCUUUAUUGAAGGAAUUGGUUUUGAAUUGUUGCUUUUUGGUUUUGUGGCUGUGUGUGUUUUUUAAAGCUCAUAAAAUCUGACCAUUCCUGUGAAGUUGUUGAACACACCCCAGAAGAGACACAGACUACAAGCAAAAAAGGAACUAACACUAUGGGAAAUGUUUAGGACCCUAAAGAAAAUUGAAUUUAAAAAAGAAUUACAUUCCUUUUUGAAAACAACGCUGAAAAAUAAAUCAAAGACUAAAACACUGGAUCUUGAAAAGAGACUAGACAGACUAUAACAGAAAAUAAAAUCAGAAGAAAAUAACUAAAAUCAUUUCAUCAAACAAUCAAACAACCAAGGUACAAGUCAGCCUGCCUCAACACAUCCCUCAUAAAACACUAUUACUGGGAAAUCCCUCAACUCAACCCAACAACAAAACCCCAAGGAUAAGAAGCACUGUGCAAUCCCCUCAAGGUCGAGCUCCCUCCCUGCCCGUGUGUCUCGGAGGGCCAGUGCGUGCUUCUCCCUGCCCGUGUGUCUCGGAGGGCCAGUGUGUGCUUCUCCCUGCCCGUGUGUCUCGGAGGGUCAGUGUGUACUUCUCCCUGCCCGUGUGUCUCGGAGGGUCAGUGUGUACUUCUCCCUGCCCGUGUGUCUUGGAGGGUCAGUGUGUGCUUCUCCCUGUCCCUGUGUCUUGGAGCACCAGCGUGUGAUUCUCCACCCUGCAGCUCAGAGCCGGCACCAUUACGUCCAAAAGCGACGACGAUUUCCUGGCCCUGGCUGCCUCACGCUUGACCCGGCGGAAAAGGGUGAUCGGCGUGGCCAUCGGAGUGGCCAUGAUCCUGGUCCUUCUGAUCGCCAUUCCUCUCCUGGUGCACAGCUCAAAGACGGGCUCGGGCAGUCACUACGAGAUGCUAGGGAGUUGCCAUAUGGUCUGUGACCCCUACACCACGCUGAGCCCGGCUGAGGCCAGCCAGGAACUCGCCGCAGUCUCCCCUCCGUCAUUCCUGGAAGGCGGGAAGGAGCAUCCACGCAGGGGCAAGUCGGGGUUCAGGGGCGCUCCAGGUCCUCCAGGCCCCCCAGGCCCUCGGGGCCCCCCUGGAGAGCCGGGAAAGCCAGGCCCGCCAGGCCCCCCUGGCCCGGGCCCUGGAGGAUACAUCGCUCCCUUCUACAGCCCCAAGAUAGCCUUCUACGCCGGGCUAAGGAAACCCCACGAAGGCAACGAGGUGCUCAAGUUCGAUGACGUAGUGACCAAUGUGGGGAACUACUACGAGCCCUCCACGGGCAAGUUUACCUGCCCCCUGCCCGGAAUCUAUUACUUCACCUACCAUGUGCUGAUGAGAGGGGGAGACGGGACCAGCAUGUGGGCUGAUCUGAAGAAGAAUGGACAGGUCAGGGCCAGUGCUAUCGCACAGGAUGCUGAUCAGAACUAUGACUACGCCUCCAACAGCGUCAUCUUGCACCUGGAUGUGGGCGACGAGGUUUGUGUACAGCUGGACGGGGGCAAAGUGCAUGGGGGCAACACCAACAAGUAUAGCACCUUCUCUGGCUUCCUGAUCUACCCAGACUGAGAGUGCCCCCCCUGCUGGACACUCCGAACAUUACAACACCAUCCAGAAAAGCAGGCAGGGGAGCAGCAGUGUGCACCGGGCAAGCAAACUGAACUGGACUUGAAUCAACUUCAUUGGAAUGAACUGGGUUGGAUUGGAUUGGACUGGUUGAAUUGGGCUGGGAGUGGGGGGGCAUGAUACCUUUAAUACCCUGAUAAAUUGUCCCUUUUUAAAGUAUUAAGCUAUAUAAUACCAUUUUCUCUGUACUCUAUUGAACAAGCUGGCUAUUUUAAUCCCCAGUAUACUAUUGAAUUCUCUGUACUAGACUGUAUUGAAUUAACUGGCUCUCAGAUCCCCAGUACUGAGUACGCUGUACUAUAUUUUAGAAAAGUUUAUUCCUAUAUUAUGAACAAUAUUUAUCUAAUACAACAUGAGAGGAUUUCAUGAAAAAAAAUAUUGAAAACUAUAGACUGAAAACAUCUAUCUUAUUUCUAAGUAUUUUUACCCCUAAUUGUGGUUUAUUUGAAUUGUCCUCCCCUUAACCAGGAAGCAAUUUGGUAUCUUUCCAAGCCUGCCCAGCUUGUGAUUCCCUGUGACCUGGCAGCCGAGCUCUCAUUUACAGGCAGCAGUUUUCCUUGUAAUCUUUAUUUCACCUCCCCGAGUCCAACGCCGCCCUGGAAGAUCACAGCAAGCAUGAAACCCGAGGGUGAGAGAGAACAGUCUGAUGGCAUGGUUCUUACAAACACCUGUUAACAUUAUCAAGGAGCACAAGUGUUAUCAUACAUUGAAUUCCCUGCCUCUCACUUCCCCAGUACUCAGUCUCUACACAAUAUUAAUGUGUUGUCCUAUUUUUUGGCUUAUGUUUCACCCUUCCGAUAAAAACAAAGCAAACUUAAAAUUGAAAAAUUGCCAAUUUUGCCAGCUGUUGCGAUGUUUUUUUUAAUAAAAUCUAUUUGAUUGGUACCCUAGAACAAGCUGUAAGAGAGGGUUAACCUAUAUGGAUCCUGGUGUUGAAUGGAAUGUAAGGUUAGCCUGUACCUGAACACACAGCCACCAAAAGCGCUUUAUAAAACACAAAUGGUGUUCAUUGAACAAGGGUCUUCCAUUGAACCAGACCUGACCCCAUCUCACUGUAAUGCAUGAUUAUGUUUCAAACAAAGACCCCUGCAAUGUUAAUGUCCCCACUUGCAAUAUUGAAGGUCUUUUGGGAGAUCUGUGUGUGUCAAGUUGUGAUCUGCCCUAAAUGUGGUUUUAUACUGGAGUCAAUGUUUCAAAACUGCCUUAUCACACAUUCCAUUGUAUUACAAUGUUAUUACAUAGUGACUUCAACCAAGCACACCACUGCAUCUGUACAGAGGUAUGCUUAUUAUAUUGUUAUUAACACAUACCGUACUUAGAUCUGUUUCAUGAAUAGCAGUCUAUAAUAAUACAGUGACAUUUAUUAAAUACAGAUUGAUUGAUUGUGUCUGAGUUUUCAAACAAUCUAUGUGUGUGUCUGGAGUGGUUUGCCUCAUGAAAUGAUUGUAAGUAAAACCUGUCUAAUCCAGCCCCUCUACAAACUAGCAUUCUGUAUAAUGUUUGGGUCUUGACCAGAUCUCAGUUACAAUGAAGGUGUGAUCCUCUAUACAAUCCAGAAGCUGUCUAUUCUGGACUCCGGCAUGAUUUGUAAGUCUUGCCUGCCUAAAAUCAAUGUGAAUCAAUGUAAGUCAUGCUAGUUUAUAAUCAAGUAUGUUGCGUAUAUAUGUACAUGUCCCAUGUGUUUGGUGCAUCUACAGUAAAAUCCUUGUUCACAUAAAGGAGACAGUAAAAUGAGUACAAUCCUUGAAUAACAGGGUUUAACUGGACACUACUGCAACAGCAUGUAAUGUAAUAGAGAUUUUCAAAGUGUUCAGAUAGUUUGACAUUUAUAUCCUUUUUUAGGUCUUGUAAUUGAUUUACAGUACCUCUGUAAACCAGCACACUAUCAUCCAGCACAGUUUUCCAAUCCCAAGCGAUGAAUGGUUAGACAAGUUUACUGUUCUCAAAUUGAGGUUAGUGGCUCACCUGGUAAAGGCACAGCUUCAGGUUGUGCAGGGGACAUACAGUCAGGGGAGCUCUGGUUCGCGUGUGCAAAGUUGCUGGUCUUUGCUUGGGACUCCAUAGGGAGCGUCGCAUUGGCUCUAGCGUUCCCGUGGGCUAGAGAUGCAAAAUCAACAGGAACCUUUUCUCCUCGUCACGCUACAGCAAACCCUGGCCAGGUGCCCAGAGAGUUCUGAGCAGACACCUGCAGGAUUGGCCUUUGUCCUCCAGAAGCCGAUAGCUCACUACAUCGGCUCUCAAGUUCCUGGGUGUAAAAGAGGAAUCUGGCUUGGUCGUGGGAUCGGAGGACUCCCACUGAACCUGUGUGGGGAAUUGCUUGCGGUGAGGAGAAAAAUAAUUGGGCAUUCCAAAUUGGGGAGAGAAUCAGGGGGUAAUAUAAAUUUAAAAAAAAAUAAAUAAAGUUAGCACUUCCUCUUUCUGGUCACUGGGGUCCAGUUUUGCUCCAGAAUAGCUGGGUCUGUGGUCAGUUCACAGGAAAUGCAUGAUAAUGACAAUAAGAUAUAACAACCCUGUAUCAAAAAAAAAAGUUCUCAGCUAUAAAUUAAGUCUGAUUAAAAAAAAAGUGACGCAUGAUUGCUUACUGUUCUUUUCACUUUCGGCUUUGUUUUUGAUUUUCAUAUUAAUACAACAAUAAACCACUACUUUUAAAUCAUAAUACAUUCACCCGUUCAAAACAAACAAUGCAUUUUAUCAGUAGGGCUUUGCCCCGCCCCCUUUUAUUAUGUAGUCCCAAAGUCCCAGUUAAUGUUCCAGCCCAGGAACAGGGGCAGCAAUUGGUCCAUGGGUGGCAGCCAUGGUGGAAGGUCCUCCUCCCAUGCCAACACUAACAGUGGCCAGGCUGACCGUGCACAGGCUGGCUCCUCUGACCAAGGCAAUCCUGGCAGCCGAACUGCUGCCAGUGGAGGUGGUCUCCUGACCUACCCCCCUUCUCCUUGGUUGGCAGUCCUAUGCGGUGCAGGCUCAGCAGUCCUAGGCGGUGCAGGCUCUGCAGUCCUAUGCAUUGCAGGCU